AUGGCUUACCAUCCUCAAACUGAUGGUCAGACAGAGAGGGUCAAUCAGGUCAUAGAGCAAUACCUAAGGAUGUACUGCAACUAUGAGCAGGAUGACUGGGCCAACCUGCUGGACACUGCAGCCUUUGUAUACAACAACAUGGUCCACAACAGCAUUGGUGUCUCACCAUUCUUUGCAUGCUAUGGAUGGAACCCCAAAGCUCAUCCUGACAUCCCUCAACAACUAGGAGUCAAUGAUCCAGGUCGCUUCGAGUACCUCAAGGAUGGAAAGGAGUGUUGCAAGUACCUCCAGGAGCAGAUCAGAGAGGCACAACGUAGAUCAGUAGACCAGUAUAACAGGAAGCACAAGGACAUCGAGUUUAAGGUGGGUGAUAUGGUCUAUAUCAACCAUCGAAACUGGAAGACAAGGAGACCCACACCCAAGUUAGAUACCCAGUUUGCAGGGCCCUACCCAGUUCAGGAAUGGGUAGGAUGCCGAGCUUAUCAAAUCACAUUGCCAGCAAACCUUAGGGUGCAUGAUGUGUUCCAUGUCUCCAUGCUCGAGCCAGCAAGAACAAGUUCUCUUCCUCAACGUGCUGAACAGCCCACCAUACCAUCACUUCCAGAUGAGGACCUCGACUUUGAAGUCGAAGCACUCAUUGACAAGCGUUCCCACAAUGGGACUACAGAGUACAAAGUGUUGUGGAGAGGGUACUCAGAAGAAGCUGCUUCAUGGGAACCAGUAGAGAACCUCAACUGCCCCGACCUCAUCCAGGAGUAUGAGGUGUCGGAGGGGGGACGAGUGAGUAGACAAAGUAGAGAAAGGAGGAGAGAACAGGAGGAGUAG